GGGUCGGCUGGAAAUCUAAAUAUUUGCCAGGAUGACGUCAUCGUCAUCAGCUUCCGAAUUGGCCCGUCACGUCACGGCGAAUCUCCAGGCAACGCGAAACGGCUCGCGGAGGGUCCGUCGACUGUCCGUUUCCGUUCCCGAUCUUCUCUAAACCCAGGCUUUACUAAUCUUCGUUCGUUGCUGUUUCUUUGGUUUUAUUCCUUGUUUUUCUUUCCUCACAAAGUGUAGUUGAAUUUGCAAAACCGCGAUGAGAAUAAAAGGAAGGUACGCGCUCUCGAAAUGACCUCGGCUCUCGGAAUAUUCUGUCAAACGAAGCAGCGGCUGGCAGUAUUUCUAUGUUAAAAGAAGAGCAGCUACAUACCAGACGACGAUAGUAGUGCGGUCUAGCUAGUGACGCGUGAGAAAAACGUCGUCGAGGAACCGCGCGACGUUUCGCAAUAUUAUAGACAGCCGAAGAAAAGUUGCAAGCCCGCGGAAUACUCCCACGUCGAGAUACUUUCUCAAUGCCGUACAACAGAGGGGAGCAUGCCGGUGCGGUUGCAGUAUCGUACAGCACGAACGCGAUGCCCUCAACUUUGUCACCCAGGCGAUAUUCUAGCGGUUCCGGUUCGAGCACAACAACAUCUGGGGUUGGCAGUUCUGCAUCGCCAAAGCUCGCCUCCUCGUACAGAACUUCCGGAUCUACCAGUUCCUUCGACCGUUCGACCAGCUACUACAGUUCCGGUUCCGGCUACGGCUCCACUCAUCGAUCUAGCUUGUACUCUUCUUCCGAGUAUCGCCGCUUCUGUUCACCCUCCAGGUCGCUAUCAGUCUCGUCCACGUCUUACUCGGACACGGGCAGCGGUGGUGGUGGUGGUGGUGGUCCAGGAAGCGGAGUGUUGUCGGGUGCUGGUAGAUACUCCACGUCAUACUCGUCGUCGAGGGAUCAGCGUAACAGCGAGGCCCGGGAAACCCUAGGAAGUUUGGCGGCCUCGACAGCGGACCUUAUCGCUAAGUAUUCGCCGGCUAAUUACGUGCCAAAUAUAUCGGGCAGCAACGAACGACACGGAAUUGGGAAAACAGCCGUCAACGGAUACGGAAUCGCCGGACCGUUGGGGACGAGCCCUGGGGUACACUCGUCGAGCUCGAGCUCAAUCGUCGGGGGAAACGCGUCCAGUGCGAAAAACCAUCUACUCACCGCCAACGAAUCUACGACCUCGAACACGCUGCUCCAGGGCCGACCACCCCGGGCAUCGAGAAGAUCUCCGAUCGGUAGCAACCUGAUUGGCAGCAAUCAUGCGCAGCCGGACAGCGCGGCGACAGAGGUAACGGGGACGUCGCAAAAGGGGCCUAAGAACGACGACAACAAUAAUAACAAUAACAGUAACAACAACAACAACAACAACGAAUACGAAUACGAAUACGAACACGGAAACUGUACCGAGGGUCUGCAGUCGAGAGCUGUCAGGCUGCAACCGCCUCCACUCGUUAACAUUAAUACCACACGGUGUUCCGAGGCAAAUGGUGCCGCUACCUGCCCUUCGGGAAUCCUUGAGUCAAACGGGUUACAAAAAACCAAUUCUCGUCCCUCUAACUCUUGUGUUGCUGAUGAUGGCGUUGAUGCUGACGUUGAUGAUGAUGGUGUGAACGUUAACUCGGUUUGUAUUUAUCGGCCGGUAACUAACACGUCUAACAAUUCAUUAACUAACACUCUAUUAACGAACAACAACCAUAACGCCGAUCCUAACACCGAUGACGAGGACGCUAAAGACGACGAAGGUUUACUCGGUGGAAGACACGCAACGACGACCAAUCGUUUGAACGGAUUUUUAACGCCCGAAGAUCCGAGUCCUGACACAGAGCUGGGGAUCAUAUCCGCUGGUGGCCUUAUCUAUGAGAGUAGCGGCGAUAACGCCGCCUCUUUACUGGAUACCAUUUCAAACGAUCCGGCGAAUGGUUUCAACUCCGCUGUACGACAACCCGUCGUUUCUCGACCCAGCGGCGUGAACCACGCCGGAGAUAAUACCUCGACCUUAUCCUCGUUACCUUCCACCUCGAGACGGGGUGACAAUUAUCCCGGUAACGGAAGUACCAGCAACGCGGCAAACGGAAUUGCUGCAAAUAAUUCGCAAACGGCUACUGCAGCCACCCAUCAAAACGUCUAUCGCGGUAUCAACGAUCAAAUCGAGGGAAGUCCGACGAUUCGGGCACCGCGCAACCGGUUGCAGACUCCUCGAGACGAACGAUGUGGAUUGAACGGUCUCCGAAACAUAGGAAACACAUGUUUUAUGAACAGCGUGAUCCAAUGUCUGAGCAACACGAGACCGCUGCUGGAGUAUUUAAUAAACGAGCAGUAUCUAGCUGACAUCAACACCUCGACAUCAAGCAUGAAGGGUGCGCUGAUCAAGGCGUUCUCCCAGGUGAUACAAGAACUCUGGGAAGUGGGCGGAGAGCACGUUGUCAAUACAACUUCCCUCAAAUCUCAAAUCCAGAGAUUUGCUCCUCGCUUUAUGGGCUACAGUCAGCAAGACGCUCAGGAGUUUUUGAGAUAUCUGCUCGAAGGACUGCACGAAGAUGUUAACAGGGUCACUGUCAAACCGCAGCCCAUUCACACGGAUAUACCGGAACAUUACACGGAUAGCCAGAAAGCUGCUGAAAGCUGGAAGCGAUAUCUAAGAAACGAAGACAGCACGAUCGUCGACGUAUUUGUCGGACAGCUGAGAUCCUCGUUGCACUGUACAUCAUGCGGUCACGUUUCCGUGACAUUGGAUCCAUUCUGGGACUUGAGUUUACCCAUCCCAACAAGGAGCGGUACAGUAAAGCUGAAUCAGUGCCUGGAGCACUUUACAAAGGAAGAAGUACUUGACGGUGAUGAAAAGCCGACUUGCUCCAAGUGCCAGAUGAGAAGAAAGUGCACGAAAAGUUUCAGCAUCCAAAAAUUUCCAAAGAUAUUGGUUAUUCAUUUGAAACGUUUUUCCCCCAUGGAACGUUUUCGUGGUAAAUUGAACGUUUUAGUUGAUUUUCCACUGACCGGUUUGGACCUGAGUGCCUUUUCUGCACCGAGAGUGGCCGGUUGCACCUACAACUUGUACGGAGUGGCAAAUCACUCGGGGACAACUUAUUCAGGGCACUAUACUGCCUAUUGUAAACAUCCUUACUCGGGAGAGUGGCAUGAGUACAACGACAGCAGAGUGUCUUCAAUAGCGGCAAGAUCAGUCGUCUCCAGCGAGGGAUACGUAUUGUUCUAUGAACAACAGCCGCAUAGCUCUAAUUUGUAACAUUUCGCUACGCUUAGAACCAUCUUGCCUCUCAGUACCUCAGGUUCAUAACCUCACGAUACCAUCUUUGGUUCAUAGAAUUUCUUUUUUUAAUCAAACGCGCCUCGACACUGUAACGUUGCAAUAAUUUAAUUGUAUAUUUAUUUAUUAUUCGUUGCGGUUGAUAGCAUUUUUAUUUUAUACAAAACGUUUUAACCGUAAUAAUUAUCGAGUCAUCUUUGCACGUUUUGAAUUGUUAUCAUUCAUUGGCAUACGCUACUUUUUACGACGGGACAUGUGUAGAAGAAAUCAAAAGAAA